GCUUUCGUUUUAACAGGCGUUUCCCAGAUUCGCUUUGUACGGUACAUCGUUUGGUUUCCGAAAAGGGUGCGACCCCCCCCCCCGCCUAUUUAAAACCUACUUUUGUGGGUUUAUUAGCAUCAUCAUGUUUGCCCGCUCCGCCGUUCGUUCGUUCGAGAAAGAGUCGCUUCUCCGCAGCGUUCCUCGGCGUGCCUUUGCGGCGGUACUGCGGCGGUCCGCGACGACAACCGUCGCUGCUAACCCCAUCGCUGCCACUGCGGUUGCUGCCCCACUUACUCUCUGCGCGACGAAACGUUUUGAAAACACCACAUCCGGCGUUGCGGGCGCCUCCGGUGACGAUCGCAGCACGCAGCUGAACGAUCUAAUGGAUUCAUUUGGCGAGGCGCGUGAGCUGAUCAAGGAUGCCUCGGAGAGCGUGGGCACCACGUACUUCGCCGAUGACAUGGCGGAUGCGGAGACACAGGUAAAAGAUGUGCUGAAACGCUGGGCCGACGUGCAGGCGCUUUUGGAGAAGUCAGGCAAGACGGCGGAGCUGCAGAAAUUGCGUAACAUGCACGAGCUCAAGAUGAAGCAGAUGGAGGCGGAGUUGGAGACGGUGCGCGAGGCCGGGGGCUCUGGAUAA